UCUUUAAUUAAAACUUCUUUAAUUGAUUUGGUGAUCAAAAGUCUUAUUUUUUGGUGAUCAUUUCACUGCUAAUAAAUUUGGUGAUCAAAAGUCACUUUUUUGGUGAUCAAAACACAUUUAUUCCAUAAAAUUUUCAUUUCCAAAUUGAGACCACUUUUUAAAUCUAAUUAAUAAUCAUAAAAAAAAAAGUGGUCUCAAUCAUGAAGCCUCGUGCCUGACAAUGGAGAAAUAUUUGGAUGAAACAUAAUUGUUAAAAACCUGACUUUUUGAGGUUUAUUUGGAUAAUCAUUUAGAAUAAUCAUCUCUAUUUUUAAUAUAAUUUCAUCAUAAACUAAAUCUAUUGCGCGAUGAUAAGAUAUAUAUGUUAUCUAUUUACUGAGAAUGAUCAAUAAAAUUGGAGAUGCUGUAAAGACAGGCUUGACGACUGUUCUAAGCAGUCAGUGUGCACAUACUACUAUUGUGGUCGUUGAUAUUAGGUAUGCACCAGUUCCAGUUUUUAACUGUAAGAAUUGGAACUGCCAGGAACUGUUGGAAAAAACUUUUGAAAUGAAUCCAAAAAAAUUUUAAAUUCUAUUGAACAAAAAAAAAUGCAGGUAAAAAUUCAAAAGUCUUGUAAUAGGAACGCUUUUUGAAGCUGGAAUUUAUGGACUAUAAGUAAUUGAUUAUCGAGCUCCUAACGGGACUUGUUCUCUGAUCCAUAUAACUCACUGACGAUCUUUAUGAAGCUUUCUGAAUUUCCACUGGUUUUUGAACUUUUUACGCAUCUCUAAGUAGAGCCACUAGUUCACAGAAAUCAGCGUAGAAAAAAUACAAUGAAAAAAUAAAACAGUUUAGCUUUGGUAACAAAUGUUUAUGGUUCGGUGCUCACUAUGAAAAUUUUAGGUAUUGAACUGAAGUUUUGUUUUGUUUAGUUGAAUUUAUGAUUGAUGAAAAUGGAAAACAAAUUCUCAUUAUGAAGAAAGAGGUUGAGAAAGCGUCUUCUGUAGUUGAAUCGGAAAUCACGAUGGAUGAUUUUGAGAUGAUAACAGAUGCAAACGGUGAAACGGUACUGCGAAUGAAAGCGGAUGUCGCACUGAAGAAGGGUUUGACUGGUUUAGAAGACACAAAUUUUGAGCUUUUUGUUGAUGAAAAAACUGGCAAACAGUCGAUUCGCGUUAAAGAUGAUGAUCAAAGUGGUAAAAUCGAAAUUGUUAUAGACAUAGUUACGGGAAAACAAAAAAUUAUCAAACGAACUAUUGAUUUAGAGCUUGAAAAUACAGAUAUUAUUGAAAGUCAGCUAAAUCAAGAUGAUUUUGAACGAAUAGUAGACGAAACCACCGGGGAAGUUGUGCUGAAAUUAAAAAAAGGUGCUGCUGCUAGGAAAGGAUUAACAGAUUUAUUAGAUGUGGAAUUUGAAAUGGUUUUCGAUGAAAAAACUCAACAACAAAAAAUUAUUGUGAAAGGGGGCGCAAGUCAGGGUGCAUCGGGCGAUGCACAGUUUGAACUUGUCACUGAUGCAAGCGGAAAAACUACCAUCAAAUUAAAAAAAGAGCGACCACCAUCGCCUGACCUUGAAGUAACCGAAAAAGCUAUUGAUAUAAGUGAUUUUGAUGUUGUUACUGAUGCAACUGGAAAGACAGUAUUAAAACUGAAAGCGGAUGUCGCUAAACGGUCUGGAAUGAUGGGAUUAUUAGAUGCUGAAUUUGAAACAUAUAUCGAUUCUAAAACAGGAAAAGAAGCUAUUCGAGUGAAAGGCAAUGGAAUUCCUGGUCAAGAAGAUAUCAAAUUUACUAUUGAAACAGAUGCCACGGGUAAACAAGUCUUAAAAAUGGUACAAGAGAUUCCGAAACAAAUUCAAGUUACGGACAGUGAUGUCAGUCGAAAUGAUUUUGAAGAAGUGAUAGACGCUAAAACAGGAAAAAAAGUACUUCGAAUGAAAAAAGAAGUUGCGAGACGUAAAGGCUUUGUCGAUAUGGAUCAGAUUGAUUUCGAAGUGAUCAUAGAUGCCGAGACAGGAAAAGAAACUGUAAAAAUUAAAAAAGGAUCAACUAAAACAAAAGGAGGAAAUGUGACGUAUGAGAUGGUCAUAGAUCCAACGACUGGUCAGCAAACGUUAAGAAUGAAAGAGACGGUGGAGGUUAAAUUUGAAACAGUAGAAAAUGAUCUUGCAAUUGAUGAUUUUGUGACUGUUAUUGACGAAGUCACGGGUGAAAAAGUUUUAAAAUUAACUGCUGAAGCAGCCGCUCGUAAAGGCCUAACCGACUUACAAGAUGUUGAGUUUGAAGUAUAUGUGGACCCGACAACUGGAGUGGAACAGAUAAGAAUGAAAGGCGGUGCACAAACGGGCAAAUCGAAUGAUCAAAAGUUUGAACUGUUUGUGGAUGCGAAAACUGGACUGCAAAAAAUUCGUUUAAAACGUCCGAAAGGCCGUACACCUCCACCAAUUGAAAAAGCUAUUAGCACUAAGGACUUUGAAAAAGUAAUCGAUCCUACAACUGGAAAAGAAUAUUAUCGUUUAACAGAUGAAGCAGCUAAAUUGAAAGGCCUAACAAACUUGCAAGACAUGGAAUUUGAUGUAGAAAUCGAUCCCAUCACUGGUCAGUCGACGAUGAAAGUCAGAACUACUGCAGCUCAUGGAAAAAAAGUAGAAAUCAUUAUCGAUCCUACGACAGGCGAGCAAAUAAUUCGAGUUGUUCAGCAAACACCAGUUUUAGUUGAAGAAGUGGUAACGGCGAAAAUUGAUUUGGACGCUGAUUCAUUUACUGUCUAUUGGGAUCCGAUAACUGGGGAAGAACAAUAUAAAUUACGUGAUGAUUUGUUAGAAAGUUAUGGACUUGAAAAUGUUGAAUUUGAAGCUGUUGUCGAUGAAAAAACUGGCAAAAAAUCUUUUCGUAUGAAACCCAUGAUAAGUAAAGAUGGAAAAGUGUAUGAACUCGUACAAGAUCCAACAACCGGUAAACAAAUUUUACAAGUGAAAGAAACACUUUCAAAUGAGGAAGUUGUAGCUCGUAAAGAAAUGCAGGAAGCAAAGUCUUUAGCAGGAGAUCGCGACGAUGAGGCAGAUGUAUUUACAACGGGCAUAUCUAAACGAACAAAACAGAAACCGGGUAUAACGAGUUCCCCUGAUGAGUUCGGUGAAUCAACACCUUCACCAUUAGAACAACGAAAUGAAACAAAAGACCUUCGUAAAAGUCGUCCGAUGAAAAUUAAAAGUGCUUCUGGUAAAGAAUAUGAAAUCGAGUGGACUUCUGAUGAUGAAAAAGAGCUGGACGGAUUGAGUGUUUAUGAACAGCGAAAACGAAAAGAACAGUUGCUUGCCGAGAAAAAACGAAAAGUAGCCGAAAUGAAACGACAAUUAGAACUAGGGCGGAAAAGACGAGUCGAAAAUGGUGACGAUAAUAUUGACGAUCAAUACUCAGACAAUCAGGACGAGAUGAAUGAGGAUAUGGGGGAAAAACAUUUACGUCAGCUUGACGAACGUCGUGGCGAAAUGACAGAUGCAGAAUAUCAAGCACAACGGAAACAAUUAUUUACUGAUCGUGCUAAACGUAUCAAAGCUGUGUAUGAGAGAAAAGUUGAACGUUUGAAAAGACAAGGAGUUCAAAGCUUAGGAGAAGAACAACGUUUAAUUGAUGAACAAAUUCGUGUGGAGGAGCAAGAAAUGUUAAAAAUGAUGAGCGAAGAAGAGCGUGAAGAUUAUUAUCGACAAAUAAAUGAAGAAAAAGCACGUCAACGUCGACAAAAUGAACUUGAACGACAAAAACGUGAUGAAAUGUUAAAAGCAUCAAUACAAGAAACAAAAGAAAGAGCAAAUGCAAAAGCAGCCGAAUUAAUUGCCCUUGAAUUUCAAAAACGUUCAUCGACAGCAAAUUAUGCUGAAUUAAAAAAUUUAACGAUUGAGCAACGUAUUUCACAAGCAUUUACAUAUUCGUACUUUUCACUUAUUAACUUUAUUUCGAAAAAAAUUAAAAAGACUGAUAAGGCAUGA